UUCCUUUUCCUCCUCAUUUCACCACCCCUUCUUCCGUCCACUUAUCCUUAUCGUCAACUCAUUUUGACCCUUUUCGCCAUAAUAAUGCACCAUAGUGCUAUAGUGCUAACCAUUUCUCUCCAGUUUUAACCAUUAACCAUCUCUCUCCAGAAUUAACCAUUGAUAAUGUUUCUCCAGUUUUAACCAUUAACCAUCUCUUUCCAGAAUUUACCAUUACCCAUUUCUCUCCAGAUUUACCAUAUGCGCAAAGAGCUCGCCAAAUGCUUUCUCGAGUCAACCAGCACCCUGUUAUUAAUCACCAACGUGUCUCUGCUGGUUCUCGUAUACACAGUUACGGUCUACGGUAUACGAGGCGGAUCGGCUGCUGUCCCUGUGAUCUGCACCGCCUGUUUCGACUUCACUCUGUGCGACGUGGGGCAGGAUUUUGAGGAUAAGGUGGAAACAGCGAUCGAGAGACUGAGAGAUUACAAAUGCAAAACAACAGAUACUGAACUGCUAGGCUUUGUCGAGAGUGUCCAGAGAUCACUAGAGCCCCAACAACGUUUCUCCAUGUGCGGCUGGUACAACCUGAAUAAAACGCUCCUUCUUGCAUUGGGCAAUUUGGUGAUGACAAACUUGGUGGUGCUGCUGCAGAUUGGAAACUCAAACUCCAUGUCAUCUUGA